AAUGCCGGGCCAACAACAAGAACGCAUCAGGCUGUCUUCGAUGGGCGGGGAAUCGACUUGCAGCAACAGCAGUAGCGGAGGCAGCGGCAGCGGCAGUACGACAAUGAAGAUUCGGAGACGAGUGGUAAUGAUGGGCGCGGCUAGGGUUGGCAAAACGUCCAUCAUUAAGCAGUUCCUGUACGAUCAGUUCCCUGACCGAUACAAGGAGACUAUCGAGGAAUUACACAGAGGAGACUAUGAAUUACCCGAUGGAGCACGAUUGACAUUAGAUAUUUUGGACACAUCGGGAGCUUAUCAGUUUCCAGCUAUGCGAGAGUUAUCUAUAUCAACUGCUGAUGCAUUUCUUUUAGUCUUCUGUGUGGACAGAGAAGACACCUGGGAUCAAAUUAAACACUUUAAAGAACAAAUAAUUGAAAGAAGAGGACCAAAAAUUCCAAUAGUCAUUGUAGGCAAUAAGUGUGAAUUGUCUGAACGGUUUUUACCAAUGGAAAUUACCGAAGCAAUAUCUAAAUACGAUUGGGAAUGUGGCUAUAUGGAAUGCUCAGCCAAAGAAAAUAGAAACAUAGUACAGGUGUUUAAGGAGCUCCUAGCUCAGGCAAAGUUAGGAUGCUUUAUGACCCUUCAUCACUUUUACGGUUCAAUAUAAUUUGAGUCCGGCUGUAAGACGCAGACGUAUGUCCCUUCCAAAUUACGUGGACAACCGUUCAGGAUCGACCAAAGGACGUUACAUGCUCAAAAGAAAUUCCUGUACAGUGGCCUAAUGCAGAAGACCUAGAUAAUAUACAAAUAAAAAUAAUAAUAAUAAUCUUAUUUUGAUUAUUUAAGCGCUGGUGUGAACAAGACAUAAGUAAAAUAAUUUAUUUUGUUCUUAUAAACGAUUUGCAUGAUAUCAAAUGAACACUCAAGGUCCAAAAAUGUUUUGAGGCGUGAUAUAAUGUUGCGUAGAAUCAGCUUUAAGAAAUUCUAGCUUUACAAUAUAAAUGAUUUUCAUAUAAUGGUUAUAUGAUUGGUUAUAAUAGUUUAAUGCUAUUUUAAAAAA